GAGGGCUGAGGAGGGGGAAGCCGCUGCAGGCAGGACUGGGGGCGGCAAGGGGACUGAGCCCGUGUGCGGAGGUCGGGCCCGAGGACCGUGGGGGACUCUGAUGGCCUUGGGGUUGGCCGAGGGGCACGACUGAGUUUUGAGUGGGUGUGAGGUGUUAGUGACGGGGCCUGGGGCCAGAGCGGAAGGGCCUGCUGAGGACCCGAGGUGGGAGGGGUGCGGGGCAAACUGAAGGCGUGAGGAACGGGACCGGGGUUCAGACUUGGCGGCGCUGUUGAUUCAUUGUCCUUCAACGUCGUCACGACCCUGCACUCUGCUUUCCCCGCCUGGGUUUGUCCCCCCUCUGGUUGGGGGGGAGGCGUGUGUCCUCAUUUCUUUUCUCCGGACCUAGUGGUCCGAGGAGGACGGUCGAUGAGCUGGCCUAGAUCGGUGUCCUGCGGGGAGGGCUCGAGGCCACAUUCCUCUCCGGUUGGGGGGUAUUGUCAGAGGUACCCUUAUCACCUGGAAAUCGUGUAGCUCUGCACGCCCUCUUCCCACAAGGGAUUAGCUCCUCGUGGGUAGAGCCGUGGUGGUCAUCAGCAGCCACGGGAGGCAGAGGGCAAGGAGGAGCUUGCUGAACCGAGUGACUGGCUUUCCAGCCAAUGGUGUCCAGCCUGGGUGGCAAGAGGGACUCCAAAUCACUGCACAGAGAAAGUGUUGGAGGCACUCGGUUAUCAGCCCUGUCAGCGACUGACUACUAGCGACGCGUGACUGCUGGCCCUUCUAGUGUGGUACCUCGCAGAGCACUGUAAACAAAUCCAGGUGAAGCCAGUAGAAAGAGUGCUCCCUGUGAGUGGGUCUGAGCCAGAAGCAAUCCCCUGUGGACCUUUCCCGCGUGCACUUGCUGGGAUCAGGGGCUGACCUCAUGAGGCCCCCGGUGGGAGACUAGUUACAGCAGAGCAUUCUGACACUCUGGUUAAGAGCCAUUAUGGUACGUAUUUAUUAGCAAAACGCUCCUUGUGCCUCCCUGGUUCUAUGAGAAGAGCUCAGGAAUGGAGCUGCAAACUGGAGCGUGCUGGUGGGAUGGGAGAGUAGUAUGGACAUCAGUGUUCAGGCCUGCUGGCUCGAUGGGUGGAGACCCUGCCUCUUCAGGAUAUUUGGAUACUCGCUUUGACUAUGAAGUUUGGGAGACUGUCAGGGGAAGGUUUUUCCUUCUGCCUCGGAUUCCAGAAAUCCUGUAGGAAGAGGAGAUGUGUUAGACAUACUUGAACUGGUUUGUUCUUUAGCAAACAUCUGGUAGAGACUGGAAUUGGAGGUGAGUAAAGAAGUGACCACGCCACCCAGGAUCUUCUUCCACUUGCAGCGGUUCACCCUAAGAGAUAGGGGACCUUUUUCUCGGCUGAAGUGCUGCAGGAAGAUAAGGGAACACCAGGUCUCAGAACUGAAGUGUGACUGCUGCCACCCUGCCAACUCAUUUGGAAAUGGCCUUGUGUGGUCUUGUCUAGGCGGACAGUGGAUGUGAGAUUCUGCUGAGUGCCUUGUGCUGUCUCCCAAGGACCAUGAAUGCCAUCGUUGCUCUCUGUCACUUCUGCGAGCUCCAUGGCCCCCGCACUCUCUUCUGCACAGAGGUUCUGCAUGCCCCACUUCCGCAAGGCACUGGGACUGGGAACAGCCCAGGCCAAGGCGAACAGGCCGAGGAGGAGGAAGGCGGCAUUCAGAUGAGCAGUCGGAUACGUGCUCACAGCCCAGCAGAAGGGGCCAGUGCAGAAUCCAGCAGCCCAGGGCCCAAAAAGUCGGACAUGUGUGAGGGCUGCCGAUCACUUGCUGCAGGGCACCCGGGGUAUAUCAGCCACGAUACAGAGACUGCGAUUAAAUAUGUCAGUCACCAGCACCCCAACCACCCCCAGCUCUUCAGCAUUGUCCGCCAGGCCUGCGUGCGGAGCCUGAGCUGUGAGGUCUGCCCCGGCCGGGAAGGCCCCAUCUUCUUUGGGGAUGAGCAGCAUGGCUUUGUGUUCAGCCACACCUUCUUCAUCAAAGACAGCCUGGCCAGGGGCUUCCAGCGCUGGUACAGCAUCAUUGCCAUCAUGAUGGACCGCAUUUACCUCAUCAACUCUUGGCCCUUCCUGCUGGGCAAGAUCCGAGGGAUCAUUGAUGAACUCCAGGGCAAGGCACUUAAGGUGUUUGAAGCAGAGCAGUUUGGGUGCCCGCAGCGCGCCCAGAGGAUGAGCACAGCUUUCACACCCUUCCUGCACCAGAGGAACGGCAACGCGGCCCGCUCGCUGACAUCCCUGACAAGAGACGACAACCUGUGGGCAUGCCUGCACACCUCCUUUGCUUGGCUCCUGAAAGCCUGCGGCAGCCGGCUGACUGAGAAGCUCCUGGAGGGCGCGCCCACCGAGGACACCUUGGUCCAGAUGGAGAAGCUUGCAGACCUAGAAGAGGAAUCUGAAAGCUGGGACAACUCUAAGGCUGAAGAGGAGGAGAAAGCCCCUGUCUCGCCAGAGGGUGCAGAAGGGCAGGAGCUGGCCAAAUGCCCAACAGAUUCUUCCUUGCUGGCAGACUGUGGAAACUGGCAGUCCCGAAAGCUGUCCAUCUUCAGGUCCCUUCGGCACAUGAGGCAGGUCCUAGGCACCCUGUCGUUUCGCAUGUUGGCCUGGCAUGUUCUCAUGGGGAACCAGGUGAUCUGGAAAAGCAGAGACAUGGAUCUUGUCCAGUCAGCUUUUGAUGUUCUUCGGACCAUGCUGCCGGUGGGCUGUGUGCGCGUCAUCCCUUACAGCAGCCAGUAUGAGGAGGCCUACCGGUGCAACUUCCUGGGGCUCAGCCCGCACGUGCAGAUCCCCCCCCACGUGCUCUCCUCAGAAUUUGCUGUCGUCGUGGAGGUCCACCCAGCCGCCCGCUCCAGCCUCCACCCAGUUGGGUGCGAGGGUGACCAGUCUCUCAGCAAGUACGAGUUUGUGGUGACCAGUGGGAGUCCUGUAGCUGCAGACCGAGUCGGCCCGACCAUCCUGAAUAAGAUGGAAGCAGCUUUGACCAACCAGAAUCUGUCUGUGGACGUGGUUGACCAGUGCCUCAUCUGCCUCAAGGAAGAGUGGAUGAACAAAGUGAAGGUCCUUUUUAAAUUCACCAAGGUGGACAGUCGGCCCAAAGAGGACACACAGAAGCUCCUGAGCAUCCUUGGGGCGUCCGAGGAAGACAAUGUCAAGCUGCUUAAGUUCUGGAUGACAGGCCUGAGCAAAACCUACAAGUCACACCUCAUGUCCACAGUCCGCAGCCCCACGGCUUCAGAGCCUCGUAACUGAUGCCUGUGUGGUUCCGUCCAGGGUGUGCCUUCUGGGAAGCCGUGAUGGCUGUACUUGCCACCAGGCGCAGAGAUGGGCCUCUGGUGGCACAGAUUCUCCUGUUUCUGAGGAGCUGGCAUAGAGCUCUUCCCUGGCAAGUGAUGGAAGCUGGGCAGAACCUUGCCCUCUGUGGGAUUUGGGACUGGUGUAGUUUCUGGCAUCACCAACCCACAGGCUCUUUGAGUUGCUCCAGCCUUGAAGAGGGCAGUGGGAGACUUGUGGCAAUGGGUCCCUGCAGAAGACUCAGAAAUGUGCAUCUCAUGCCUCUCAAGGACUUGGACCUCAAAAUUUAUAGGGAAAACACAUCAGGGCAGACCAAGCAUUUAUCCACAAUAACAACACAUCUUCUCUCAAGGUUAAUGUUCAGACCUUUUCUGUUCUGAAAUGCAGCAAGAGGUGUCUGGGUUUUAAAUGCAUGACUGUAUAUUUUGCCACAGUUGUGAAUUUUUUAGGACAUGCUGAUCCUUAGUCCUCUUUAGUAAUCUGGUUUUGUGUGUGUGCUCUGGGAAGGACUUCUGGGAAUGGAGUGGAUAUUUUCCUCCUCUUUGGAUCCUCUGGGAUUCACGUUCUGAAUCAUGACUGCCAAGGCUCUGGCCAUGCUCUCCUGUGGUGGCUUUAUAAUUACGCUUAGUUGAGGACAAGGCCUUGCUGUAUUUCACACAAAGGCGAUACUUUGCUGAAAUGUCAAAUGGAGCCAUUUGACUUGCCUAGCUCACUGUAUAUGGAGAAGAGAAACCCCCUAGUUAAUUCUGUGCCACUGUAAACAUUUGCAUUUGGCUGCAGUUAACUGUUUUCAGAGUACGUGGUGUAAGAGUUUCAUCAUCCUAGUGUACAUUUUUAAUAAGGAUCCAUGGCUUGAAGGGAUUUUCCAGCAGUUUUGUUGAUUUGUUUAUAGUUAUUUGUGUUUAAUUUAUAUCUAACAUGAAGACUACGUUUAUAUGACUAGGUAUCUAUCAUGUUAGAACAUUAAAACACAAUAAAGAUGUAUUUUUAUAAACUGC